AUGGAACAAGAAGCGCCACUGCUUGAGAAUCAAAGGCGCGAAGCCAAAAAGAGGGAAACCAUUCAAGCCAGAGAGAUGGGGACGUACUUUAAGAACAACCCGUUAAAUAAGAAAUCUUUUAAAUCGGAUAUUGAAAGAUACAGUAGCAUCUGUGUUUUCACUUUCGCUUAUGCAAAACAUCAAAGCCCCGAUUACAAGAAGUUCAUCAAAUCUCUCAACGACGGCAAUUCCUACAAAGGAUCUUUGUCAAGGAUUGUUGGACUGGUCUCAGAAGCUGAGCUCAAUCCUGAACUCAAACCUGGAGACGGAGGAUAUAAAACUAAAGAAUUGCGACCUGGUCUCCAUAAAAUUGGAAGUAUGCUUAGUGGUUACGAUGAUGUUGGUGUUCUUUUAACUGAUAAAACCAAAGAUGAGGUACUCAGGAAGUUUGAGGAAUAUAGAGAAUACGACUUCGUAAAGCUAGGCCAGACACCAAUGGAACCGCUGGUAUUUGAGAAAAAUGAUGAUCUGCCUUUACGUCCCCGUUCAAGUGCAAUGGACUUGUGUCCCAAACUGAAGGAAUUAGGCAUGCCUGUUGAACUCAGUGGCUCGUGUAUUAAGCUGACCGAUUCAUUUAGUGUGUGUAAAGAUGAAGUACGUGUGACAGAGAAUGCCGCUAAAAUUCUGUGUAAUGGGUAUUAUCUUGUUGGUGAUGGAAGAUGGAUGGAAGAUGAAGAUGAGAUUGAAGUUCUUCCAUGUUAA